AUGAGGACACAGUGCUGUGUGGGGCAGCUGACGGCAGGUCACAAUGGACAGUUCAGGCUUAAAGGCAGCUCAGGAGGGGCUGCAGUUCAGGCUGAGGCAGAGGUUCUGGCGAGGACAUGCAGCAGUCUUCAUGAAGGACAGAUGAGCAACAACACAAUGCUAUGGCAGGGCAGCGCCCAGAGCAGCCAUGUGCUAUACAUGUUCCGUGGCUCCAUGGGCAAGCUGCAGCAGCAGCUGUGCAAGGCCGAGUUCGCCAUGUUCACACGCAUUCCCAUAUUUGAGAGUGAUUUCAUCCAGAUCAGUAAAAGAGGAGAAGUGAUCGAUGUGCUCAACUGUGUGCAAAUGGUCACUGUGGGCAUCGUGUACACCAGCCCCGACCUCACAAUACCUGACGUCAUGCUGCUGGCAGGCUGGCAGCAGUGCAGUCGGUGCCGAAUACAACCGACACACCCAGAGCUCCACUUGAAGCUCGCCACUGACUCUUUUUACCUACAAUUAUGCCCACCUUAAGAUGCAAAAGAAGAUGUGUUUGCACACUAGGACAACCUGGUGUUCUUCGUGAGGCUGCCAGCGGAGGCUUACAGUGGCAACCACACCAUACCAGCUUGGGACAUGAUGGACAUACCUGUGCUGGAGGCAGAGGACAGGAAGAGCCCAGCAGUAAGGUUUUGCAGAGAUUCUGGGAGGGCCUGUGUGCGUCAGGAGAGCAACUGA